GCCGCCGCCGCCGCCGCCGCCGCCGAUCGACGACGACGUGUUGGACGCGGCGGUCGAUGCUGCUGUCCGCGCUGCCGACGAGGCGACGCAGGCGGCGAGCUCGACCGAGUGGCUCCGGGGAGGCGCAGAGAGGCCGGGUGGCGGCAGGGUCGACGCAGCCUCCCGGCCGCCCCCGCCCCCGCCCCCGCCCGCCGCCGGCGCGCCGCGGCUGGGUGCGUUUAUGGGCGGGGCGCUGGGCGCGGGCGUGGCGAGAGCAAAGGCGGGGUCGCCGCAGAGGCGGGGAGAGGGCGGCCUGUCGGGGCGGGGUGGAACUUUGCUGGCUGGUGUCUCGACUGUAGGAGAAGAUGCGGUCGGCGAAGGAGACGGCGCUGCUGCUGGGGGAGGGCAUCGGCGAGGGGAUGCGCGAGGACGUCGACAUGGCCGUCAGCUUCGCGCGCUCCUUCAAGAGCAACCGCAAGGGCGCAGCCUCGCCCGCGCUGGACCGGCCUCAGCACGAGUCGGCGGGGGCCGCCGCGGCGUCGGCGGCGCAGGCUGCAGCGGCGCUGCACGAGCGAGGCGAGAAGCUCAGCCAGCUGGACGACAAGUUCCGCUCGCUCGCGGACGGCUGCGAGGACUUUGCCGCUUCGGCGAGAAAGCUGCGGCAACAGCAGCGGUGAGGGCGCUGCCCGUUCACGGCGUCCCUGCUCGCGGACUGCUUAGGGUGGCGCUUGCAUGUUGCACAUGUUGUUGGAGGAAACUAGACGGCACAUGCCGGGCAAUAAUUUGCACAAAGAUGUAAACGUACGCGAUUCCAUAAAGUACCCGGGGUC